AUGAAAACAAUAGCCACAGAGAUUGAUCGGAUUGAAGAAGAGAUUAAAAGAUGUGAGACCCGAUUGGACGCCAUUGAAAGGCUAUGUCGAUUGACAAAUAUGACUGGUGAGAAAUGGGAGUCGAUACAAAAAGAAAAGGCUGCUUUGGAAAAGCAAGUGACAGACAAGCGUACAAAGCUGAAAGGUCUGCGCUGGGAGAACUGGAGGAGUAUGCUUGUGUCCUUGAUACUCUUAGGUUUUAUGUUUUGUAUAUUUUAUUGUCUCUAUUCACCAUCAUCUGUGACAAGCUCAGCCCAGUCAAGCUGA